GAGUGUGCGGAGGGCGCCUGCGCCGGCGGCGGCGAGCGCGGUGCAGCGGGGCAGAGCGCGAUGUAACAAAACAAGCGGAGCCUUUGUAUCGCCUUAAAGGCGCCGCGCAGCGCCCGCGGAGAGGCGGCGCGACCGCAGCCAGCGCAACAAAGCGAGGCGGAGGAGGAGCCGGCGGAGGGCGGAUUUAGUUAGUUAGCUUUUUUUUUUUUUUUUUUUUAAAAAAAAAAGGGACUAGGGGGCAGGCGGAGGUGGGUGCGCGCCCUCCGCGGGCGCGGAGCGGGCGGUGAUGGCUUGAGGCGGCGGCGCGGCGCGGUGUGCGCGCCGGCGGGUCGGCGCCCCGCUGCGCACCUGCGGACGGCGCCGGGCCGCGCUCAGCAUGUCGCGGGUCGUCCAGAAGAAGAACCACUGGUCCAGCCGCGUGCGGCAGUGCUCGCUGCGCCGCGGGCCCGGCGGGCAGCUGGGCUUCGCCCUGCUCGGCGGCGCGGAGCACGGCGAGUUCCCCUACGCGGGCGCGGCGGCGGCGGGCGGCGGCGGCGAGGCGGCGCUGAGCGAGGGCGAGCUGCUGCUGGAGGUGCAGGGCGUCCGCGUCUCGGGGCUGCCGCGCUACGACGUGCUGGAGGUGAUCCGCGGCUGCAAGGACCCCAUCGCCGUCAAAGCCGUCAGACAAGGAAGCCGACUGAACAAAGACCUGAGACACUAUCUCAACCAGCGGUUUCAGAAGGGAUCGCCGGAUCACGAUCUGCAGCAGACUAUUCGAGAUAACCUCUAUCGCCAUGCUGUGCCUUGCACAACUCGCCCUCCAAGAGAAGGAGAAGUGCCUGGUGUGGACUAUAACUUUCUGACUGUGCAGGAGUUUCUGGAGUUGGAGCGAAGUGGGACCCUUCUGGAAGUAGGAACUUAUGAAGGUAACUACUAUGGAACGCCCAAGCCGCCGAGCCAGCCCGUCAGUGGGAAAGUGACUUCCACCGAUGCGCUGCAAAACCUGCCGCCCGGCUCCAAGCAGUCGACUCCAAAGCGGACCAAGUCCUACAAUGAUAUGCAAAAUGCUGGCAUAGUGCAUACGGAGAAUGAGGAAGAGGAUGAUGUACCUGAAAUGAGCAGUAGCUUCACAGCAGAGUCUGGUGACCAAGACGAGCAUAACACGCAUAUCACACGAGAGAGAGCCCCGCCGUCUGUGAUUGAUAGCCACACCAACGUUCCCACCACGGAACCAUCUCAGAACCUCCCUCAAUACCUACCUCCUCCUGCCGAGGAUAACCUAGGUCCUCUGCCGGAAAACUGGGAGAUGGCCUACACCGAGAAUGGAGAAGUCUAUUUUAUAGACCAUAAUACAAAAACAACAUCUUGGCUAGAUCCACGGUGCCUGAACAAACAGCAGAAGCCUCUAGAAGAAUGUGAAGAUGAUGAAGAAGGGGUACACACGGAGGAACUGGACAGUGAACUAGAAUUGCCUGCUGGCUGGGAGAAAAUUGAGGAUCCCGUAUAUGGUGUCUACUAUGUAGACCACAUCAACCGGAAGACACAAUAUGAAAACCCCGUUCUUGAAGCGAAGAGGAAGAAACAGCUCGAGCAACAGCAACAACCACCAGAAGAAUGGACAGAGGAGUGUCCAUCUCUCCCACCACCCGCUGCUCCAAACCAUGUUUCAAACAACCAACAGGCAGUUCGGGAGGCACCAGUGCAAGGAAAACCAUUUUUUACCCGAAACCCUUCUGAGUUGAAAGGGAAGUUCAUCCACACCAAGCUAAGGAAAAGCAGCAGAGGAUUCGGCUUCACCGUUGUUGGAGGGGAUGAGCCGGAUGAAUUUCUCCAAAUCAAAAGUUUGGUGCUUGAUGGCCCUGCAGCAUUGGAUGGCAAAAUGGAAACAGGGGAUGUCAUAGUCAGCGUGAAUGAUACCUGCGUGCUGGGCCAUACCCACGCUCAAGUCGUGAAAAUCUUCCAGUCCAUUCCCAUCGGUGCCAGCGUGGACCUUGAACUGUGCCGAGGCUACCCGCUGCCCUUUGAUCCCGACGAUCCCAACACAAGCCUGGUUACGUCCGUGGCGAUUUUGGAUAAAGAGCCGAUCAUUGUGAACGGGCAGGAAAAUUACGACUCUCCGGCGAGCCACAGUAGUAAAACGGGGAAGGUAAAUGGCACAAAGGAAGCAAGGCCAAGCAGCCCGGCUGAAGUCUCCUCCAACGGGUCCCAUGGCUACCCCAACGAUACCGUCUCCUUGGCGUCUUCGAUAGCAACACAGCCUGAACUCAUAACUGUGCAUAUAGUGAAAGGGCCUAUGGGCUUUGGUUUUACUAUAGCGGACAGUCCCGGUGGGGGCGGCCAAAGAGUGAAACAAAUCGUAGACAGCCCACGGUGCCGGGGCCUGAAGGAAGGCGACCUCAUAGUUGAAGUCAACAAGAAGAAUGUGCAGAGCCUCACUCACAACCAGGUGGUGGAUAUGCUGAUUGAAUGUCCUAAAGGAAGCGAAGUCACGUUGCUGGUGCAGCGAGGAGGACUGCCGGUCCCCAAGAAGAGCCCAAAGUCGCAACCACUUGAAAGGAAAGACAGCCAAAACAGUUCUCAGCACAGCGUCUCUAGCCACCGCAGCGGGCACACGGCUUCCCCCGUUCACAGCACGCAGGUGCUGCCGGACUACGCCGCCCCUGAAGCGCCGGCCGCGGAUCAGCCGGACAAUUCUGGGCAGAAAAAGCCAGAUCCAUUCAAAAUCUGGGCCCAGUCCAGGAGCAUGUAUGAAAGCCGACGGAUUAGCUGUAUUCCUGACCUUGCAGGCUCUUGGGCCAGAUCUACGGAGAAAUGCAGCGACUGCGCUUCCUCGCUGCCCGUGCAUCUAGUUGAAAUAGGAAAAAGGGGCAGAGAGCUGAGGCCCGGUGACUUUUCAGUCCUGCAGAGCUCCUUCACCUGCCCCAGACUGCCGAGAUCAAGGCCAGCCCGUGGCAACGCUAUGUCACCUUCGCCUGCAGCUGGACUGAGCAAGGGUGAAAGAGAGAGAGAAAUCAAUUCCACAAGUUUUGGAGAAUUUCCAGAUUAUCAAGAGCAGGAUAUCUUUCUAUGGAGAAAGGAGACUGGUUUUGGAUUUAGGAUUCUUGGUGGAAAUGAGCCUGGAGAACCUAUUUACAUCGGUCACAUUGUACCGCUGGGCGCUGCGGAUGCGGACGGCCGUCUGAGAUCAGGCGAUGAGCUCAUCUGUGUGGAUGGGACACCCGUUGUCGGAAAAUCGCACCAGCUUGUCGUCCAGCUUAUGCAACAGGCAGCCAAGCAAGGUCAUGUCAAUCUGACCGUAAGGCGCAAAGUAGUUUACACAGUUCCCAAGGCAGAGAACGAAGUCCCAUCUCCAGCCUCUUCCCACCACAGCAGCAACCAGCCGGCCUCGCUGACGGAGGAGAAGCGGACCCCGCAGGGCAGCCAGAACUCCCUGAACACCGUCAGCUCGGGCAGCGGCAGCACCAGCGGCAUCGGCAGCGGUGGUGGCGGCGGCAGUGGUGUCGUCAGCACCGUGGUCCAGCCCUAUGACGUGGAGAUCCGCCGCGGUGAAAACGAAGGCUUUGGCUUCGUCAUCGUGUCUUCAGUGAGCCGGCCGGAGGCGGGGACGACAUUUGCGGGAAAUGCAUGUGUGGCCAUGCCUCACAAAAUAGGUCGGAUAAUUGAAGGGAGUCCCGCAGACCGCUGUGGCAAGCUGAAAGUAGGCGACCGGAUCUUGGCCGUGAAUGGAUGCUCGAUCACCAACAAAUCGCAUUCAGACAUCGUCAACCUAAUUAAGGAGGCGGGAAACACCGUUACUCUGCGCAUCAUUCCAGGAGAUGAAUCCUCCAAUGCUACUUUAUUGACCAAUGCAGAAAAAAUUGCUACAAUUACAACCACACAUACUCCUCAGCAAAUACCGCAGGAGACCAGCAGGAACAACGCCAAACCAAAGCAGGAAUCCCAGUUUGACUUCAAACCACCCCAAGCAGCGCAGCAGGACCAAGAUUUUUAUACUGUUGAGCUGGAAAGAGGAGCCAAAGGGUUUGGCUUUAGCCUGCGAGGUGGCCGGGAGUAUAAUAUGGAUCUGUACGUGUUGCGGCUAGCUGAGGAUGGUCCAGCUGAGAGAUGUGGGAAGAUGAGGAUCGGUGAUGAAAUCUUAGAGAUCAACGGGGAGACUACCAAGAACAUGAAGCACGCUCGGGCCAUAGAACUGAUUAAAAAUGGUGGCCGCAGGGUCCGCCUGUUUCUGAAACGUGGAGAUGGCUCGGUCCCAGAAUAUGACCCCAGCGGUGACGGGAGCAGCCCCGCCGCAGGUUCACAAAAUGUACCGGAAAUGAGGCCGGCGCCAUCCGACCGACGGCAGCACCCAUCAUCGGAGUCCAGUUAUCCACCAGACCUUCACAAAUCAUCACCACAUGGGGACGGGCGGGCUUACGUUAAGGACCUGAAAGGCAGCAGAGAGGCUAGCAGACAUCCCAACGAGCACCACACUUGGAACGGGACUUCUCAAAGCGCCGGCGGCGCGCUGGGCAGGAGGAGCGAGGGGCGCCCCGAGCGGCUGGCGGCGGCCAACGGGCCCAAGCGGCGAGCGCCGGAGAAGAGGAGGGAAGGGACGAGGAGCGCCGACACCACGCUGGAGCGGCGGGAGCGGAGGAGGGAGCCGUCCCCCGAGCGGCGGCGGGAGCGCUCGCCGGCUCGCCGCCGGGACGGGUCGCCCGCCAGGCGCAGGAGGUCGCUGGAGAGGCUGUCGGAGCCCCGCCGGUCGCCGGAGCGGCGCAGGGACAGCUCGCUCGACCGCCGGGCCAAGUCGUCCGACCGCAGGAGGGAGAGGUCGCCUGACAAGCGGCUCCGGGAGGAGCGGGCCGGCCGCCGGGAGAAGGACGAGCGGGGCUGGAAGCACGAGGCGAGCCGGCGGCACCCCACCGAGCCGCGGCGGCGGCCGUACAAGGAGUGCAGCACCGACCUCAGCAUCUGAGGGCCCCGCCGCCGCCGCACGCCAGGAGAAGAUGCCCGGCACCUGCCGAUCCCGCAAACGGCCGCAAACCUUUUAUGCAGAUGAAACCUUACGACAAGAGGAAAAACAAAAAACAAAAACAAAGUGUUGUGCCUGAUGUAUAAUAUUAAAGUAUUUUUCAGUGUAUUCUUUUUUUUUUAAUUACUUGCCAAAUGUUUGGUCCUCAAGGAUUAUGAAAUUUUGUUUCUACAUUCUUUGUAGAUUUCUUAAGAAUAAUUCCUUUAUCGGGCUACUUCCCCCCCUCCCCGAUAUAGUAAACGGGGGUAGCCAGUAAUACAAUAUAGGUAAAGGAUUUUAUGACCAAGUUUGAAUAAUUUGAUCCAGACUGUUCUCUAGUGACUCACUGCUACACUGUAUGUAGAAAUUUUUUUAAGGGUCGGGGGUGGGGAAAGAAGAAAAUGGUUCAUCUCGGUAGGAAUGGAGCGCUCCUGCUGAAGGAAUUAAAAAAAAAGAGAGCAAAUGUUCCUAAAAUUGCAAGAACUGUUUGAAGAGACUACUGUUUCAAUGAAGGAUAUUUAUAAUAAUAAUAAAUAAUAAUUAAAUAAAACACACACACACACACACACACACAGAGCACAAGGUGAUUUGCGAUAAGGGAUUUCUAGUUUGUUCCGUGAACAGUUCAUACUUUCAGGCCCCCUCUACAGGCUGCGCGGAGGCAGAAGGACUGGCCACCACCAUGCCUGUGUCACACCCUGCCGUAGGCUGCUGAUCUCUCAUUAGCCUCAGCGACGCUUAACGGUAGCUCAUUCAGCCACCACGGCCCUACUCAUCUCCUAGCCGUACGUGGACGGGAAUCUGAGCGCGCGUGGGAUCGUUUUGCCCGCUCUGAGGCGAGGUAAGGGAGCGGGAUGCUGGGGCGCGGCGGGGAGCAGGGUCCUCCCUUCCCGGAGCAGGCGUAUUCCUUCUGCUCACACCACAACCGUGGGCUUUCCUUAGUUUGCCAAACUCCCAAACCCUCUCUUCUUCUCGCUCGGUAUUUAAGUUUUGUUUUGCUGGUUCAUCCUUCCUGAGACAGAAGGAGUGCACUUGCUUUAAAAAAAAAAAAAAAAAAAAAGAAAGGAAAAAGAAAAAGAAAAAAAAAAAAAGAUGUAUCGAAGAAAAAACACAGGCAAAAAGAGGCAAUCAGUGGGACGACCUGGUUGUGGGACCGGUAUACCUAGCCGUACUGGUUAUAUGCUGUAAAUUUGAAUCUCAGAACAGCAGCAAAAGGAAAACCUGCAAGUUUCUAAGUUGUAUUUUUAAAUUUGCAAGUUGUGUGGUAAGUCUGCUGUAGUAUUGGUAUAAGAUUUUAAUGGAUUACUGCCUAGCUGAGCCAAAAUGUUUGCCGUUACUGUUGGACCACUAAAGUAAACUGCUGCUUUUUACAGUGCAUUGGUGUGUACAUGUAUACUGUUUCACAUUUUCCAUAUGAACACAAAAGCAUUGCAAGUCUAUCACUGUUGUUGCCAUGGUACUGUAAAAACAAAACCAAGGAAGAAGAUGGCCGAUCAUUGUGUGUACAGUUUAAAUUGUAAUUAAUAGAGCCUGUUGGAAAAAAAAACAAAACUGUUGCCUUUUUCUUGUAUAAAAGAGGAUUUAUGACAAAAUUUAGCUGUGAGGAAUGUGAUAAGUGUUUAUAUUUCUGAAAAUGGAACAAAUUGAUUCAGGGGAAUAUAUUUUAAUGUAAACUGAAUCAGGUAUGUAAAGCUGUUUUAAAAUGGGAGACUAUAUAAGUAAUUCUAAAGCUUUUGUUGGUUUGAAUAUCAUUUCUUUCUUCAUGGUGGGCCUGCGAUGUAUUAUUAAGCACUUGUAUGCAGUCUAUGUUCUCCAAUCCUCAUUUCUUGCAACGUGCUAUAGACAUAAUGCUCUUUUCUGUGUUGAUGAGAAGCAGUAUGUGGGCCAAUCUUUUUUAUAAAACACUAUGCAUAUAUAAAUACUACAUUGUUCAUAGCUUUAUUUGACUUAUUGGGUUUAUACAUAACACUAGUAUGAGUAGAUGUGGACUUACCCAGUAUGAGCUUCUUUCCUUGGAACAGACACUAUGUAUAUGAUGUAGCAACAAAGAAGGAGAAAGUCUGUGAAUGCUAUUUUUAUUAUCAAAUAAAGUUUUCCAUACAAAGCAUA